CAGAGUGAAAGUGUCCCUAGGCCUAGAGCCCAGGGCUCCAGGCUGCCGCCAGGAUGGUGGGUGAAGGCCCCUACCUCAUCUCUGAUCUGGAUCGGCGAGGCCGUCGGAGAUCCUUCGCAGAGAGAUAUGACCCCAGCCUGAAGACCAUGAUCCCAGUGAGACCCUAUGCAAGGUUGGCGCCCAACCCCGUGGAUGACGCAGGGCUGCUCUCGUUUGCCACGUUUUCCUGGCUCACACCAGUGAUGGUUAGAAGCUACAAGCACAUGCUGGCUAUGGACACUCUGCCCCCACUGUCGCCGUAUGACUCAUCUGACACCAACACCAAAAGAUUUCGAGUCCUCUGGGACCAAGAGGUAGAAAGGGCAGGUCCUGAGAAAGCCUCUCUGGGCCGAGUGGUCUGGCAGUUUCAGAGGACGCGGGUGUUGAUGGGCACCCUGGCCAACAUGCUGUGCAUCGCCAUGGCAGCCAUAGGGCCGACGGUCCUCAUUCACCAAAUCCUCCAGCAGACUGAGAGCAUCUCCAGGAACGUCUGGGUGGGCGUUGGCCUGUGCGUAGCCCUUUUUGCCACCGAGUUUACCAAAGUCCUCUUUUGGUCCCUUGCCUGGGCCAUCAAUUACCGCACGGCGAUCCGGCUGAAGGUGGCCACCUCCACCCUGGUGUUCGAAAACCUGGUGUCCUUCAAAACGCUGACACGCAUCUCUCUUGGUGAGGUGCUCAAUGUGCUAUCGAGCGAUAGCUAUUCCCUGUUUGAAGCUGCCUUGUUUUGUCCCCUGCCAGCCACCAUCCCCGUCCUCAUGGGUGUCUGCGCGGUGUACGCCGUGUUCAUCCUGGGGCCCACGGCGCUCGUCGGGAUAGCCGUGUACCUCGUCUUCAUUCCCAUCCAGGUGUUUAUGGCGAAGCUCAAUUCAGCCUUCCGAAGAUCAGCAAUUUCGGUGACGGACAAGCGGGUUCAGACCAUGAAUGAGUUUGUGACCUGCAUCAAGCUGAUUAAAAUGUAUGCCUGGGAGAAAUCUUUCACCAAGACCAUCCGAGAUAUAAGGAAGAGGGAAAAGAAGUUACUGGAAAAAGCUGGAUUUGUCCAAAGUGGAAACUCGGCCCUGGCCCCCAUUGCGUCCACCAUUGCCAUCGUGUUGACCUUCACCUGCCACAUCCUCCUGAGACGCAAGCUCACCGCCCCCGUGGCAUUUAGUGUGAUCACCAUGUUCAACAUGAUGAAGUUCUCCAUCGCAGUCUUGCCUUUCUCCGUCAAAGCAGCGGCCGAAGCCAGUGUCUCUCUAAGGAGAAUGAAGAAAAUUCUCAUAGCUAAAAGCCCCCCAUCUUACGUCACCCAGCCGGAAGGCCCAGACACUGUCUUGCUUUUAGCAAAUGCCACCUUGUCUUGGGAGCAAGAAGCCGGCAGGAAAAGCAACCUAAAGAAACUGGAGAACUGGAAAACACAUUUGGUUAAGAAACAGAGGUGGGAGACAUAUAGUCUGAGUCCAUCGGCCCAAGAAGCUGUUGGCCUGGAGGCACAGAAGGGCGGCUGCAAAUCAGCUCUGCACAAUAUCAGCUUUGUGGUGAGAAAGGGAAAGGUCUUGGGGAUUUGUGGGAACGUUGGGAGCGGGAAGAGCUCCCUCAUCGCAGCUCUGCUAGGACAGAUGCAGCUACAACAAGGGGUCGUGGCGGUCAGUGGGACCCUGGCCUAUGUUUCCCAACAGGCAUGGAUCUUCCACGGAAGUGUGAGAGAGAACAUACUGUUUGGAGCAAAGUAUGAUCACCAAAGGUACCAGCACACGGUGCGUGUCUGUGCCCUCCAGGAGGACCUGAGCAGCCUCCCUUACGGAGACCUGACCGAGAUCGGGGAGCGGGGCCUCAACCUCUCCGGGGGGCAGAGACAGAGGAUCAGCCUGGCUCGUGCCGUCUACUCCAACCACGAGAUCUACCUGCUGGACGACCCCCUGUCGGCCGUGGACGCCCACGUGGGGAAGCACGUCUUCGAGGAGUGCAUUAAGAAGGCACUCAGGGGGAAGACGGUUGUCCUGGUGACCCAUCAGCUGCAGUUCCUGGAGUCUUGUGAUGAAGUCAUUCUUUUGGGAGAUGGAGAGAUUUGCGAGAAGGGAACCCACAGGGAGUUAAUGGAGGAGAGAGGGCGCUACGCAAAACUGGUUCACAACCUCCAGGGGCUGCAGUUCAAGGACCCCGAGCACAUAUACAACGCAGCGAUGGCGGAGGCCCGUAAGGAGAGCCCCGUGGACGGAGAGGAAGACCUCUCUGUUUCUCACCUAGUUUUGGCUCCAGGAGGUGAGAAAGAGGAAGGAAAAGAACCUGACACAGGCUCAGAAUUUGUAGAUGUCAAAGCUCCUCUGCACCAGCUGGUCCAGACCGAAUCCCCCGGGGAAGGAACGGUGACCUGGAGAACAUACCACACAUACAUUAAGGCGGCUGGAGGCUACCUCCUCUCCCUCUUCACAGUGGCCCUCUUCCUCCUCAUGAUCGGCAGCACUGCCUUCAGCAACUGGUGGCUGGGUUUCUGGUUCGACAAGAGCUCCCAGAUGACCUGUGGGCCCCAGAGCAACAAGAGCAAGUGUGAGAUUGGCGGGGUGCUGGCAGACACUGGGCAGGGCGUGUACCAGUGGGUAUACGCAGGCAGCAUGGUGUCCGUGCUGGUGUUCGGCAUCACCAAGGGUUUUGCCUUCACCAAGGCCACCCUGAUGGCAUCCUCCUCGCUGCAUGAUCGCCUGUUUGACAAGAUCUUACGGAGCCCGAUGAGCUUCUUCGACGUGACUCCCACAGGCAGGCUCAUGAACCAGUUUUCCAAGGACAUGGACGAGCUGGACGUGAGGCUGCCCUUCCACACGGAGAACUUCCUGCAGCAGCUCUUCAUGGUGCUGUUCAUCCUCGUGGUCCUGGCGGCCGUGUUUCCGGCCACCCUGCUAGUCCUGGCCGGCCUUGCUGUGGGCUUCCUGGUUCUUUUACGCAUCUUCCAUAGAGGAGUCCAGGAGCUCAAGAGGGUGGAGAACAUCAGCCGCUCACCCUGGUUCUCGCACAUCACCUCGUCAAUGCAGGGCCUGGGUGUCAUCCACGCCUAUGACAGGAAGGAGGACUGCCUCAACAACCACCUCCUGUACUUUAACUGCGCUCUGCGGUGGUUUGCUCUAAGGAUGGAUGUCCUCAUGAACAUCGUCACCUUCAUCGUGGCCUUGUUGGUGACCCUGAGUUUCUUCUCUAUCAGCUCCUCAUCCAAAGGCCUGUCAUUGUCCUACAUCAUCCAGCUCAGCGGGCUGCUCCAGGUGUGUGUGCGGACGGGAACAGAGACCCAGGCCAAGUUCACCUCCGUGGAGCUGCUCAGGGAGUACAUCUCGGCCUGUGUUCCUGAAAGUACGCAGCCCCUGGGAGUGGGGCCCUGUCCUCCUGACUGGCCCAGCCACGGCGAGAUCACUUUCAGAGACUAUCAGAUGAGAUACCGGGACAGCACCCCCCUCGUUCUCGACGGGCUGAACUUGCACAUCGGGAGUGGGCAGACGGUUGGGAUCGUCGGAAGAACGGGGUCUGGCAAGUCGUCGCUGGGAAUGGCCUUGUUCCGCCUGGUGGAGCCAGCCGGUGGCACCAUCCUCAUUGAUGAGGUGGACAUCUGCACGAUUGGGCUGGAGGAUCUCAGAACCAAGCUGACUGUGAUCCCCCAGGACCCUGUCCUGUUUGUAGGUACAGUAAGGUACAACCUGGACCCCUUUGAGAGUCACGCGGAUGAGAUGCUCUGGCAGGUUCUGGAGAGAACAUUCAUGAGAGACACAAUAAUGAGACUCCCGGAAAAAUUGCAGGCAGAAGUCACAGAAAAUGGAGAGAACUUCUCAGUCGGGGAACGGCAGCUGCUCUGCAUGGCCCGGGCGCUGCUCCGCAACUCCAAAAUCAUUCUCCUUGAUGAAGCCACUGCCUCCAUGGACUCCAAGACUGACAGCCUUGUUCAGAGCACUGUCAAAGAUGCUUUCAAAGGCUGCACGGUGCUGACCAUCGCCCACCGCCUCAACACGGUCCUCAACUGCGACCUCGUCCUGGUCAUGGAAAACGGGAAGGUGGUUGAGUUUGACAAGCCUGAAGUCCUUGCUGAGAAGCCAGAUUCUGCAUUCGCGAUGUUACUAGCAGCAGAACACAAAGUCCGGUUAUAA